AUGAGUGGAAAAUUUGUUCGUGCUUCUAAAUAUAGACACGUCUUUGGCCAAGCGGCCAAAAAGGAACUGCAAUAUGAAAAACUCAAAGUGACCAACAACGCAUGGGACUCCAACUUGCUAAAAACGAAUGGUAAAUUUAUUGCGGUGAAUUGGAAUGCCUCUGGAGGUGGUGCAUUCGCUGUCAUUCCGAUCGAGGAAGUGGGCAAGGCUCCAGAUCAAGUGCCUUUGUUCAGAGGCCACACUGCGCAGGUCUUGGAUACCGAUUUUGAUCCGUUUAAUGACCACAGGAUUGCUUCCGGUUCCGAUGAUUCUAAGAUUGGUAUUUGGGACAUACCGGAAAACUACAAAUUUCACGAUCAUGUAGAUGAAGAUGGAGAGCCAAUUGAUAUCAAACCAGUAAAGUUUUUGACAGGACACGCAAGGAAAGUUGGACAUGUUCUUUAUCAUCCCGUCGCUGAGAAUGUAUUAGCAUCCUCUUCAGGUGACUAUACUGUUAAAUUAUGGAAUGUGGAAACUGGAAAGGACAUGAUUACUUUGAAACAUCCAGAUAUGGUCACAUCCAUGUCAUUUUCGUAUGAUGGUAAUUAUCUUGCCACAGUGGCUCGAGAUAAGAAACUACGAGUCUGGAAUAUCAGAGAAGAAAAAAUUGUUAGCGAAGGGCCUGCCCAUACGGGUGCAAAAAACCAAAGGGUGGUAUGGUUAGGAAACUCUGACAGAUUGGCUACUACUGGUUUUUCAAAAUUGAGUGAUCGUCAAAUCGGUAUUUGGGAUGCCUUCAACAUUGAAAAGGGAGAUUUGGGAGGCUUCUACACUGUCGACCAAUCAUCAGGUAUUUUGAUGCCCUUUUAUGACGAAGGGAAUAAGAUUCUUUACUUGGUGGGGAAAGGUGAUGGUAAUAUUCGAUACUACGAAUUUCAAAACGACGAGCUGUUUGAGUUGUCUGAAUUCCAAUCCACAGAAGCACAGAGAGGCUUUGCUGUAGCGCCUAAGCGAAUGGUGAACGUCAAAGAAAACGAAGUCUUAAAAGGUUUCAAGACUGUCGUUGAUCAGCGUAUCGAACCGGUAUCUUUCUUUGUUCCAAGGAGAUCAGAGGAGUUCCAAGAAGAUAUCUACCCGGAUGCACCUUCCAAUAAGCCAGCUUUAACUGCUGAAGAGUGGUUUUCUGGCAAGUCUGUUGAAGGUCCAAUUCUCGUUAGUAUGAGAUCUAUCUAUGACGGUUCCGCACCAAGCUUUCAUGAGGCUAAAAGACCUCAACAGCCAACAACUCAAGAAACAGCUCUUGAAGAGAAAAAGGAGCAGCCUAAAGUGGAGAAGCCAAUCAGCGAAUCCGAAAAGGAGGUGAAACAAGAAGCUCCAAAAUCUCCCUCACCGCUAAAGUCGGCCUCCUCAUCUUCUACAAUCAACCAUGUAUUAAAGGAAGAUAAUUCGAUCAACAAGUUGUUGAAGAAAUCCUCCGAUAUUGAUCAAGUUAACAACGCCGAAGAUCCGUCUAGGGAUACCUCCGGAUGGGAAGAAGCCGAUGAUGAGCCAGCUCCUAUCAAAAUCGAAACCCCAGUCACUCCAACAGAAACUAAAAAGGAUCGCACACCUAAGGUCGAACCUUCAAAAGAAUUGAAGCCAGAGCCAGUGUCUAUCGCAACAGAUAGAAAACAGGAGCAAAGCUUACCUCAAGAAGAGAAGUCCUCUGAGAAAACAAAGUCCCCUGAGCAGGAAAAAUCCGCAACACCUCCUUCUUCAAUUACGGCUGCUAAGACAGCCAUUACUGCCAGCAGUAAGGAAGAGCCAUCCGCGGCAAGGACAUCACCUAAGUCAUUGGGUUUAAAAAAGUCUGUCGAAAAACUAUCUACAUUGGUUCUGCAAUUAGAAGAUGUAGUUGAUAAAUUAACGAAAGCAAAUCUUGACAAAGAUGAGCGCCUGUUAAAGUUGGAACAAAAAAUUGGCGAACUGUCAAAAUGA